CUCUGACAACAACCUUUGAAUAUCCAAUUCACACAUCAUUUCCUUCAACCUUAUUACUAUAUCAUGAUGUUUCACACACUCUUUCUUCCUCUUUUCCUCCUUUUACCAAUGACAGUGAAUUCUGACAUUCAUGACCUCUUGAGGUCUCGUGGCCUCCCGGCGGGACUCUUCCCGAGGAACGCCGUGAAGUCGUACACGCUAGACAGCGAUGAACGGCUUCAGGUGUUCCUCGAGAGGCCGUGUUUGGCCAAGUACGAGACGAGGGUUAUGUUCGACAGUGUAGUUAAGGCUAACCUUAGCUAUGGGGGACUCAUUGGGCUAGAGGGUCUCUCCCAGGAGGAACUCUUCCUUUGGUUGCCUGUUAAAGACAUCAUAGUAUAUGACCCUUCUUCUGGUCUCAUCUUGUUCGAUAUCGGCGUUGCUUACAAGCAGAUGUCUCUUUCUCUCUUUGAAGAGCCUCCCAUUUGUAUGCCUCAAGGUGAUGAAUUGGAAGCUUAUUAGUAUUAAUUACAUUAUAUUAGAUUGUGUUAUACUCCAAAAGAAACAUUUCACUUUUAAUUUGAUCAUCACAUGAUAACUAGUAGGUUAUUUUGACAUUUUUUUUUUGUACUUUUGUCGCACGACUAUAGAUUUCUUGCUAAUUUGAUCAUUUUUUGUUAAUUACCGGGCAAAAUGAACCAAAAAAAAUUAACCUUAAUUUA